AUUCCGCUCUAUAUCAGGCUAUUUAUCUGGUCUCAUUUUGCAUGCUAUAUUCACGGUUCCUUUAUAAGCUGAUUCUACACCAGAUUUUAAUAAAAGAAAUCAAAAUUUUGACCUUGACGAUAACAUAAUUGUUUCAAACUAGAAGAUUCUCUGAAUUGAGAAACAUUUAUAUCGAACGGGUCAACGUGUGAUGGCCUUAGAUUUUUUUGCAGGAUGUAUCGGAGGCAUUACUGGUGUCAUUGUUGGUCAUCCUUUUGACACUGUCAAAGUAAGACUACAAACUCAAAAUCCAAUUAUCUAUAAAGGAACAUUUGAUUGUUUCGCUCAAAUAAUAAAAAAAGAAUCGUUCAUUGGUUUAUAUAAAGGUAUUGCGCCACCUCUAUGUGGCCUUACGGCUAUUAAUGCUAUUGUGUUUGGAGUUCAAGGAAAUGUCCAAAGACGUCUACCAAAACCAAACAGCUUAACAGCACAUUACCUUGCUGGCGCAGUUGCCGGAUUUUCGCAAUGCGUAAUAUGUAGCCCAAUGGAAUUAGUAAAGACUCGAUUGCAAGUCCAAGGUCAGGGUCAAUCCAGAAAGAUUAAGCAAACGCUGUACAAAAAUUCUUAUGAUUGUUUGGUAAAAAUUUUUAAGAAAGAGGGAAUUAAAGGAGUUUACAGAGGAUUCUGGUUAACUACACUUAGAGAGACACCCUCUUUUGGCGUCUAUUUUGCGUCCUACGAGAAAUUCUGUAGGAUAGGCAAUCCUUCAGAAGUAGGAACUAUGCAAUUAUUGUUAUCAGGAGGAACAGCUGGAAUGUGUUCCUGGAUUGUUACCUAUCCAUUUGACGUUAUUAAGUCUAGAGUGCAAGCUGACGUCAGAAAUGAAUAUAAAGGUCUGGUGGAUUGCUUUCGAAAAAGUAUCGCUUCCGAAGGUUGGCUUGUUUUAACAAAAGGUUUAGGAUCGACUCUGCUCAGAGCGUUUCCGGUAAACGCUACUACAUUUGCAACAGUCACAUACGUUUUUAGAUUCGCGAGUCGUCAUACUGAAUAUUUUGAUUCUGAUGAAACCAAUAUUCAAGAAUUUUUGCAGCAUUCUUCGAAUCAAACCGGCCAUUUGGCUCUCCUGACGAACUUUCCAAGUCAUCCUUGAAAGAUUGUAUACUCAUUUUAUACAUAUCCCGAAAGCUUCGUCUCAAAGUUGUGCUUAAAUCUUAGAGAUUUACUGUAAAAAGAAAUAGAAAACAAGCAACAAAAUAACUUCGUCUCCUGCAAAUCGCUUUUGAAUUUUGAACUAAUUUUGAUCUGAAUUUUGUUGAAAUUUGUUUGCGUGCAAUGAAUACAUGCAUAUAUUUUUUUGAUUAACUAUCUGAAAAAGUUUAUAACGAACGAGAUCAGAAAACGAAAAGCAAUAAAAUCAAUAAUCCUGCAAAUUAUAUGUCAGUAGAGUUCGGCGUUGAUGGAGGUGUUUCUGAAGAGUCUGGAGACAUAGUGGAAGGUGUCACAGUAGCUCGAAUGAUAUUUGGAUUCCAUAUUAGACUAUAGUAGAUAGCCAGAACGAUGGCGGCCAAAGAGACGGACAGCACAUAUGCUAAUACGGUAGCUAAUCUCACCCAUUUUUUGUUAGCCUUGGCAGACAUCUUCGCCUUAUUCUUAUCCGCUGUAUAUGUAGGGCCUUUACUGCCUGAAGUUCCGGCUUGCGCAGCCGCAGUAGGCGUUUGUCGGUAUUUUUCCUCUUUACCCAUCAAAGCAGUAAACACUGCACCGCAAAACUAUGUGCACUGCAACGGAAAUCGGAGAAACAAUAGAUGGCGCCCUACUUACAAUGCUUAUCGAUUCCUAUGAUGCCUAUAUAGUAUCGAGGUAAUUUUAUCAACUUAAAGUCACAUUUACAAAACUCAUAUCUCUUUCUGUUUUUAUAAUAAAUACAUAAAAUUUCAACAACACACUAAGUUUAUAUAAAAUAAACGUAUAGAGACAUACAUAGAUGCAUUUUUCUUUUUAUAUA